GAAUAAUUAAGUAGAUUAAUGUGUUUUAAUCUCCUUUUACGAUAACCCCGGAGCCCAUAUAUAGAGAUAGGACAGUACUUUACUCAUACAUCUACUAAGGUGCUGCAAGAAUAGACGCUGAGAUGAAGCUGUUGAUGGUCGUCGCAAUUGCCCUACUGGGUCUGGCUUAUGUAAACGCCGAGAGGGAGUGCAACGCCUUGACAAAGUUGAAGGUGCAAGCGCAAUGGUCUUUCGUUUACGGUGCUGGUCCAGCACGGGCCAGGGCGGGUGCUGUUAUAUUCAGGAGAUUCCUACAGAGACAUCCAGAAGCUCAAAAAAUAUUCGCACGCGUCAAAGGAGAAUUUACCUCUUCUCCAGAAUUUCUUGCCCACGUAGCCCGUGUCCUCGGUGGAUUUGAUAUGGUGAUCUCACAACUUAAUAACCCGAUGGUGUUCCAGUCUCUCCUUAAUCAUCUCUACGACCAACACGAGGCACGAGGGGGAAUGCUCCCAGAAUAUUAUGACGAAUUUGGCUUUCAAGUCGCAAGAGUACUAGCCGAGUAUCUCGAUGAUUUCGACGAGGAGGCCUUUGUUUCAUGCUACAAACUCGUCGCCAAGGGACUCAAAGGAUUGUACAAGGUCGCACCACAAGAAGGACGACGAUACUACAGACGCUUCUAAACAGAAUACACGUGAAACACUGAGCUUUCAAUUGCGUCUAUUCUGAGUUAGAAAGCAAUGGAGGCUACCACAGAACAUUGAGCCUAUGAAUUAAAAGAGUGUCAUUCAAAUUAUUUGAGCCUCUGGACAACACGAUGAACAAACGAUAUACUCUAAUGUUGUCGCAGCUUCAAAUGAUUAGCCCUUAUAGCUCUAAGGCAGAUUUGUAUUACUAGGGUAUCUGUAUAACACAAUUUAAUAAAACUUGAAUUGAUGUUAUCCCAAGUCCUGGUGAUGCAAAUCGAGUAAUUGACUUGGAUUGUUCAUUUAACUUUGUAUUUACUUGGGAAUCUUACGUUGGGGCAAGACUCCUGGCUAAAGAGAAGUUUUCAGGCCGUGAACAGAGACAAUUGCCAGCAGAGCAUCGUUGUUAAAUUAGUUGUUGUACGUGUAAAUAAAAGAACGUUGAAAUAAAAGAACAACAAAAUGA